AUGGAGGAAAGAGUCCAAUGGAGACUGGUGAGGGUUUCUCCUAAAACACAAAAGAGCUUUGGACUGCAUGCCUUGGGGAAAGGAAUCAAAAGGUGGAUGGCCAAUGACUUGAAUGCUGCAGAAAGGAAUUUAAUGAGAUCAAAUGCAGUUGCAAGGUCCAGCUUUUUCACUACUUUUGAUCAUGAUCAUCAUCAUGAUGAUGUUGGAAAGAGGAUGAAGAGCUCAUCAUCAAAUGGAAGAGUGCUAGAAGCAGCAACUUUCAGCCAGUACUGCAAGUCAAAGGGGCACCAGUUUUAUGAUUAUUUUUUUCACUCUAACUCUAAGAACACCACCUCAGAAAACAAAAGGGUUGUUCCCACUGGUCCCAAUCCCUUACAUAACAGGUAA